AUAUGUAAGCAUUGACAAGCUGCAUGCUUCGUCGUCGGAGUAUGAAACCCAAACCCUUCAUCUUCGCCAAGCGCUUCCCAAUUCCGUUGCUUUUUUCUUUUCCAUUUUCUCCGCAACAACAACGUUUUCUCUUCUCCACUCACAAUCGCCACUCCUUCGACGAAGCCGUUCCAGGUUGCAGCGCCGUUUACCAACACGUGCUCAAGUUCCAGCGUCCACCGACCAUUCGGUGGAGCCCGCACCUCGAGAACACCGCUAGUUUCAUCGGCACCGUCGCCCGCGAACCGACGCGCGUUAACUCAACAACCGGUAAAUUCGGAGUUUACACCGUGCUUAAGGUUCCAAAAUCCAACCAAUCAAAUAGCUCCUUUUUCCGGUUGCUUCUGAUGAUGCGGAACAAUGUGGCAAAACUUGCUUCGGAACACUUGAAAUCGAAUGAUUUUAUUCAUGUUUUAGGUUCUUUGGGGUCUUUCACGAAACCUGAUGCCAAUGGAAUCCUUCGAUUGAAUUACAAGUUAGAGGUGAAGGAGUUCGAGUUUGUUGCUCAAAGUUCUGGUUAUCUAGGUGACAAGAAAUUGGAAUCUGUUGAAGCAGAUGCUGGCAUGCAUAAAAAUCAAAAUCGGCUUCACCUUUGGCAAGUGUUUUUUUCCAAUCCAAAUGAGUGGUGGGAUCAAAGAAAGAGCAAGCGAAAUCCAAAACAGCCUGAUUUUAAGCACAAGGAUACCGGCGAAGCUCUGUGGCUAAGUGAGUAUGAUCCUCCAUGGGUUAAAAGACAACUCCAAUUGUUUGACUCAAAAAUUGCUGGAGGAUCUGCAGGUCGUCGUUCACGUGUCACCAACUGGGUUUAUGAUGAGUAGCUGAUAUCAAUAAAAGAAGACGAGUAUGGGUAAUUGAACCUUAUACACGAUAAUUUUGUACUUACUGUUACCAUUUGCAACGAAAUGUACAGCUUAGUGAACUUGGGUAUAAUUUAUGUAAGAGAAUGGAAAUCACUGUGAUUAACGAUGAUUAUAGUGGCGCUAUUCUCUAGGCAAAACAUAUAAGCUGUGAGAAAGCUUAGCUCACUUGAUAAUUACUCAGAAGCUGAAAAGAAUGAAAGGGUUAAAGUUGAUGACUUGAAUUCUUGGUCUAACCUGAAAAGCUUGCGGUGUGGCCAAUUUAGUGAAGAAAUAAUUUUAAACUAUUUUUGGAGUAUGUGGUGGUAGUGGAGAUGUUGGGCUGAUAGGCCCGAGACAAGAGCCCACAACUGAUCCGGGUGGGGAUUUGUGGGCUCCGUCCUGUGAUAUGGAACUUUAUGUUUUUGAGUUAGGAUUUUAUGUACACUAUAAUAAUAGUUCUAUAGUAACUGCUCUUUUUUUUUUUUUGUUUUCCUUGUACCAAUUUUGAUAGUGAAUUAUUUUUUCUUUGACCGUA